AGCCACUCAAAAGCAAAACUCUUCAAUGGCGGAACUCUUCUGGAACUGUUAAAUUCUCUUGAAUUAAGAAAAACAAAAUGGCCUCGUUUUCUGCCUUCCUUACCAUGUCCCUCAAGUCCCGACCCCUCGCUCUGAAAUCGCCCCCUUUUCUCAGACCUUUUCCCAGAAUUGAAGCUCUGGAAUCGACCAUUUUUCCGAGGAACUCCGUGAAAUUUCCCAAGUCUAGGGUUUCGUUUUCGAUUAUAAGGGCGAGCAUUGAUGUGGGCAGUGCGAUUAGGCCUGGAGGUGCAGUGGAGAGCGAUAAGCUGCCGUCUGAUGUGAGGAAGAGAACGAUGGAGGCCGUUGAUUCGUGUAGCGGGAGGGUCACCAUCGGGGACGUAGCCAGCAAGGCUGGUCUCAAACUGAAUGAAGCUCAAAAGGCGCUUCAAGCCCUUGCUGCGGAUACCGAUGGCUUCUUGGAGGUUUCGGACGAAGGUGAUGUCCUCUAUGUUUUUCCAAAGGAUUAUCGUGCUAAGCUUGCUGCUAAGUCAUUUAAAAUAAGAAUUGAACCUUUGGUUGAUAAGACAAAGGCUGCAGCUGAGUAUUUAAUAAGAGUUUCCUUUGGGACAGCACUCAUUGCAUCAAUUGUUCUUGUUUAUACCACAAUUAUUGUUCUUCUCUCAAGUAGAAGUGAUGAAGACAGUCGUGGAAGACGUGGAGGCAGAUCAUAUAAUUCAGGAUUUAAUUUCUACCUCAGUCCAACUGAUUUGUUUUGGUAUUGGGAUCCAUAUUACUAUAGGAGACGACGUGUACAGACAGAAGAUGAUGGCAAGAUGAACUUUAUUGAAUCUGUUUUCUCAUUUGUAUUUGGUGAUGGUGAUCCAAAUCAAGGAAUCGAAGAAGAAAGGUGGAAGCUGAUUGGGCAGUAUAUAGCAUCAAAUGGUGGUGUUGUCACAGCAGAAGAACUUGCUCCAUAUCUUGACUUAGACUCCAAAAAUGAUGCCUUGAGUGAUGAAUCAUAUAUCCUACCUGUUCUUCUGCGGUUUGAUGGUCAACCAGAAAUAGAUAAAGAGGAAUAUGUUGGAAGAUGGGCUGAUUGGGUUGGGGGUGUUGAGAAAUUUUUCAAGGAGAAAAAGUGGCAAUUCAGUAAGACAAGUGACUUAGAGAGAGCCAUGGUCUUUGGUUUGGGUGCUUUUAAUCUUUUUGGGAUUAUCAUUCUGGGAGCUAUGUUGAAGGAUGUUGCUAUUAGACCAAAUGGAUAUAUAAAAUUUGUUGCCGACAUAUUUCCCCUACUUCAGAUCUAUGCUGGCUCUUUCUUUACAAUUCCUUUGAUCCGGUGGUUCCUCAUUCGCAAGAGGAAUGCUGAUAUAGAGAAGAGAAACAAAUUGAGGGAACAGUUUGCUCGAGCACUUGAAUUGCCUAAUCUUUCGCUGAGGCAGAAGCUACUGAGUGCUCGAGAUAUGGCCCAGAAAACAGUCAUAGGAAAGGAUCGCAUCGUGUAUAGUACUGAUAGAGACUUGGUCGAGCAAGAUUAUGAGGCACAAGAGUGGGAAAGAAGAUUCCGAGAGAUUGAGAAGUCAGAAUAGGCCAUGUUUACUGUUUACUAGGGGAUCAAGUAUGUGUCAUUCUUAUGAGGUAUCUUUUCAUUGAGCGCUCAAGCUCAAAGCUAUAACUUUUGAGGCUGUUGGCUGGUUAACUUAUCGUUGAUCUGACAAGCAAAUGAUCUACAAGAGGAUAUAUAUGUAGAUCUCCCAUCAGUGCAACAGAGAUAUCUACAAUGGUUGUAAUAUAGUUUUGGCUGCAUUGUCUCUACAAAUUCCUAAAUAUGUCCCUCCCAUCACAAAUUUACCACGGAUCAAGAUCAGCUUUGUGAAUUCAAUUCUCCUUUUGUAUUUAAUUUCUUCAGCUUAAUGGAGCUGAUGAACAUACACAGGAUUUGUGUAUUAUUAGAUGUCGAGAAAACAUUGCUGGUCUUGAUGAGGUUGUUCAUUUUGAUAAACAAAUU